AUGAACAACGACCCGUGUCUUGACUCUUCACCCAAUACAAUAGUCGUCUUGAAUCCUUACCUUCAAUCUGGGUCCCCGGCAGGCAAAAUAAAAAUUUCGAAAUUCCCACAGGAGUUGUCGAUCCUACUGAAUGGAGUCGACAUUCGCGUUAGGCUGCCGGGAAAGAGACAGGUCUCCAACCCAGGGCAAAUGAUGAGAAUCAGAUUCCACAAUCCCCUUCUGUCCUCCAACUACUAUGGGUGCUACGAUCACUCGAAGUCCUUGAUGGAGGAGACCUCUGAGCUCGAAACACCAGAAUCAUCGAAGAAAAACGCAGCACCAAACGCCGAUGAAUCAAAGGAAACCAUCAACAGUGACUGUAUGGGGCUUUUGAAUAGCGUUCGGACUACGCCAGACGAGCACGGCUUUCUACGAUUCAUGUUAGACUCGCCCCCUGUUUCAGAAGAGAGAAUGUCCAUCUCACCUCAGGGCAGUUCCUUCCCAGAGACUCGUUUUAACGAGUCACUGCCGUCGGAGUAUAAUCCAUUUAUCCUCGGUGGGGAAAGGCCAACAGAGGACAAUUUUGUGGCCUUUUGA